CAUAAAUGAAAGGAAAAUGUGAGGGGAAUAGAGAGUUGAAAACUUGCCCAUGGCUGCAAAAAUAGCUAGUAUCAGGCCUUGUAAAAAUGGCAGUACAGUGAGUGAUCUGUCGGCAUUAUUACCAAAUGCUGAUCGUCGUCAGUGUAAUUGGGUGACGCAGCACAUUCAUAACAUUCCAUGGAAAUCUGCUAAUAUCAACUAUCCCUACCUGUGGAGUGUGGCUAAACUGUUGAGAGAGAACUUUAUAAUCAUUUAUACAAAGGGGAGAAAGAAAGUCGAGAUAUUGACAAGUCUGCUGAAAAUCCCUUGUUACAGUCUGGAAUUGCUUGGAUGCAUGCCAAGGUUGAUCAACUUGGAAAAUAUACUCUGUCAUGUCCAUUUCAUAUUAACAAUUAUCAUCACUGUAGUGUGAAGAAAG